CCACAGUCCAGCGUCUGAUCGCAGCCGGUGAACGCGGCCAGUUCUUGCCUGUACUUCACUGUUCUCUACGGCUCCUCCGCGUUGCCGUUCAGUGUUGCUUUUAGCGAAGUUUUCGAUUCCGCGUUUCUGAGAAAAGUAUCGACGUUCGUGUCCUGGGAUACGGGACCGUGGGAGACCGACAGUCGCGGCGGCUUCUGGUCGACGGUUUGUGCCCGCGGAAUAUCGAGCUUCGAUUUCUGGACCAUCCAUAACCGUUGAAGAACAUCGCGUUAUGACGUCACUGCGGAUCUUAGUGCAGCUGCGUUGAAAGAAGACGUUGAGUGGGAUGUUAGUGCGCGAAGUGUUUGCGGUACUGUAGUUCAGCGUCCACACAAGGACGGAGAACUGUGUUUUCAGAGCUUCUGGAUAGCGAUUCGUUGUUUGAGGAAAGGAGAAAACACUUGGAAUUGCUUUCAAGAUGGGAAGGUCGAAAGCAUCUCCCAAAGGAGAACCACGCAAGUUUGACCCAACGUUCAAGGGACCAGUUAAAAACAGGAGCUGUACGGACAUCCUCUGCCUGUUUAUUUUCAUCUUCUUCCUGAUUGGUUGGGCCAUUGUAGCAUUUUUUGCGUUCAAGUAUGGUGAUCCAGAACGACUUAUCUUUCCAACUGACAGCCAGGGCAACAUCUGUGGCAGAACACCUGUGGAGGACAGAAAGCACCUCUUCUUUUUUGACAUCAAGAAAUGUCUGGAGCGGGCAUACAAACCUGGAGACAUACUGCCUGCGUUCAUAUGCAACACACCUCAGGUGUGCGUAGAGACGUGCCCAAAUUCAACAUUCUCUGUGGGCCUUUACACGAGCUUGGAGCCUCGGCCAGUCAGUGAAGAUGUUGUCAGACAGAAACUCAUCUGUCAGUACGGCGUAGAUCCCAUGGACAAAUCGCGUUCCUUGGACGAUCUGGUCCGUAAUGAAUUGUGUGCCGACUACUACAUCACGAGCGGCAGUGUGGCCGGAAGAUGUCUUCCUGCUGUUAAGCUCGGACAAGACCUAUAUGAUGAGGUCAGCAACAAACCUCUCGGUACCUUCAGUGGAGAUGAUAUCAAGAAAAGGACAAAAAAUCACUCUGUCGUCAUAAAGGUCCUUGCCGGCAUUUCAAGUGCAAAGGAUGUUGGAGAGCUCGUGUUCCAGGACUUCAAAUCUUCAUGGCCCUACAUCCUUGGUGGCUUAGUGGUCGCCAUGCUCGUGGCUUUCAUCUGGAUUCUGUUGAUGAGAUGGAUCGCAGGGAUCAUGAUUUGGCUCAGUAUUCUGUGCCUCAUUGUAGUAUUCUCAUUUGGCACGUACUAUUGCUUUAGCAUGUACGUUCAGCUGAGAAGCACACCAGAUACGGAGUUGAAGCCCAAUUAUGAAAUCUCACUCUCAUUCCGAGAGAAUCUUCGGACAUACUCUGCUAACAAGAAGACCUGGCUGAUUCUCGGGAUCGUCUCCGUAACGCUGCUCGUUAUCCUUCUGCUGACUCUCAUAUUCCUCCGAGCUCGCAUUAUUAUUGCCAUAGCUCUCAUCAAAGAGGCAAGCAAGGCUGUGGCACUGAUGCCGUCAGCGCUUUUCUUCCCGUUGCUUCCUUAUCUACUUCACGUCCUCGUAUUGGCCUUCUGGGGAUCUGUAGCAGUUUACUUAGCAUCAAGCGGAAAAGCAGACUACAGGUUAAGAGAUGCGGAAUCACGCAACAUAACUACCACGGUCUGCCCUAAGCCUGAAUUCAAUGGCACGCUCGCAUCAGUGGGUGAAAGUGCAAAGAAUCUUCGAUGCCAGUUCACCCAAUAUGUUGUCAAUGAGCACCUGUCACGUGCGCAGAUCUACAAUUUCAUCGGCCUCAUAUGGGGCAUGUUCUUUGUGGUUGGUUUAGGCCAGGUGGCACUGGCUGCUGCCUUUGCUUCCUACUACUGGGCUUUCAGAAAGCCCCAAGACGUGCCUUUCUUCGCUGUGCUCAAUGGAAUAUGCCUUACGCUUAGGUACCACUUGGGAUCCGUAGCCUUUGGUUCCCUCAUCCUGACCAUAGUGCGGUGCAUUCGUUUAGUCCUGGAAUACAUAGAUGCCAAGCUCAAGAAAUACGACAACCAAUGCACAAAGUGUUUACUAUGGUGUUGCAAGUGUUGUUUCUGGUGUUUGGAGAAGUUCAUAAAGUUCCUUAACAAAAAUGCAUACAUUAUGAUAGCCAUAUAUGGCAAAAACUUCUGCGCGUCAGCAAAAGAUGCUUUUAUGCUGCUCAUGAGAAAUGCAGUCAGAGUUGUUGUUCUCGAUAAGGUGACAGAUCUGUUACUUUUGAUUGGAAAGCUCGUCAUCGUGGGAACAAUUACUAUCAUGUGCUUUUACAUCUUCAACCGAAGAGUGGAUGCUUUCAACCAACAUCUUCCUGAACUAAACUAUUAUCUGGUUCCUGUAAUUACAAUAUCAGCUGGAGCCUACGUCAUCGCAUCGAGUUUCUUCAGCGUCUACGGGAUGGCCGUGGACACACUCUUCCUCUGUUUCUUGGAAGAUUGCGAGAGGAACGACGGCUCGGAGGAGAAGCCAUACUUCAUGUCCAAGGAGCUGAUGAAGAUCCUCGGGAAGAAGAACAAGUUCCAGGACGUAAAAUAAGCGCAGCUUUUACUGCCGUGCAAAAAGGGCACGACAGUGCUCAAAACUGUGAGGCAGCGUGACUUUCCUCGGGGACUUACAAUACCUCAAGCGCUUCUCGGUUACGAUGCAUGCACACGAUUUCUGUGUGCGUUUCCCCCGAGCAUGUGAUUGUUUUGUACGUUUCAUUCACCAUACCCCCGUCAUUUAGUAUAGUUUCUCAGCACAUCGGAUCAAGCGGCUUUCGUUGAGGGAUGAUGAGUAAAUGUGCCUCGUGAACUUUUAUGAUGCCUUUGCCAAAAAAAAUAUGGGUGUUAGGACGUUUGUAGCCUUGUCUAGCUACUGUGACAGGACUCAAUGUGCUGCUCUCAGUGGCCCAAUGAUUGUGUACGUAUAUAUCAGGAGCAGUGCAUUGUUUUAAGUGUUGUGACACGUUGAUACUGUUGGUACCCAGUGUGCUUGCCAGGAAACGCAGGAAAGCAGCUUCGGUGUAAGGUCAUACCAGUGAUAGGUUUGGGGACUGCAAUGACGUGAUUCUGCCCUUGGCGUGAUUCUGCUCUCUGAAGCAUGGGUCACAAGAUCAUAACAAUGACAUCCUAUUUUCUUUUGCCUUUUUUUUUUUUUUUCUCAAACUGAAUAUAAUGCUACUGUCCCAAUCCCUUUAAAUUCUUGUGAACAGCCUGCCAUAAAACUACUCCAGCCAGAAUGUAUAGUUUCCAUGCCAGAAAAAUGCUGUUCUCUCAAGCUACAGCAACACUAUAAACUGGGCUUUGCAAAGUGCCACUGAAAUGUAACUGAAAUGUACUUAAAACUUUGCCAGGAUACUACUAUCGGCAUUUUUCGAGGAGGUUUCUCCAAACUCUCCGUAUUUUCAUACCUAAAGGAGCUACGUAUAUAAAAGUGCACUUGUUCUCGUGUUUAAAAAUUGCUAAUGCCUCGUUCCUGUUAUAACUUUUAACUCGCAUAACUCUAUUUUAUUUCUGAGAUGAUGAGAAAGAGUUCACUAGAAUAAAUCUGUUGAUUCACCUA